CAUACUAUAAAAAAGGAAGAAGAAAAGCCACAAAACUUGUGCUUUAAAAAUUCUGUCUUACACAUAGGAGAGUGUUCAGUCUUCACGUGGCUGGAUUUUUCAAAAUUUAGCUAUUGCAACGAAUUCCCUUUUUCCUAAAGUUGAGCUGAUUGUCCUUCCGGCAACUAAUGGGUUAAAUGCUACCUUCUAAGUUCAAGGAGAAACAGCCCUGCUCAAAUGCUGUUGCUGGCUCACAAAUGCAGGGCUUCAGGCAAAGACCAACCGAGGGAAGUCAGCGUAUAGGAGACAGUUUUCUCUAUGACCAGAGCUGCAACAGCUAUGAAAAACACUUCAGCAGUGAUGGAUUCUUCUGAUAUUCAAAGGAAAAAUAUAGCUGUCAUUGGUGGUGGCUUGGUUGGAUCAUUAAAUGCAUGCUUCCUUGCCAAGAGGAAUUUCCAAGUUAAUGUAUAUGAAGCUAGAGAAGAUAUCCGAGUGACUAAAUCUGCACGUGGAAGAAGCAUUAAUUUGGCCCUUUCUUAUAGAGGACGACAAGCUUUGAAAGCCGUUGGCCUGGAAGAUCAGGUUGUAUCCCGUGGUAUCCCCAUGAGAGCAAGAAUGAUUCACUCUCUUUCAGGAAAAAAGUCUGCUAUUCCCUAUGGGACAAAGUCACAGUAUAUUCUUUCUAUAAGCAGAGAAGAUCUAAACAAGGAUCUACUGACAGCUGUUGAGAAAUACUCCAAUGCAAAAGUGCACUUUGGCCACAGGCUGGUGAAAUGUGAUCCUGAGAAAGGAGUGAUCACAGUGCUUGGACAGGACAAAGUUCCCAAAGAUGUCACCUGUGACCUCAUUGUAGGAUGUGAUGGAGCCUUUUCCACUGUUAGAACUCACCUCAUGAAGAAACCCCGCUUUGAUUACAGUCAACAAUACAUUCCUCAUGGGUACAUGGAGCUGAGUAUUCCACCUAAGAAUGGGGAUUAUGCCAUGGAACCUAAUUAUCUACAUAUUUGGCCUAGAGAUACCUUUAUGAUGAUUGCACUUCCUAACACGAACAAAUCUUUCACGUGUACUUUGUUCAUGCCUUUUGAAGAGUUUGAAAAACUGCUAACUGGUAGUGAUGUGCUGGACUUCUUCCAGAAGUACUUUCCGGAUUCCAUCCCUCUAAUUGGAAAGCAAGCCCUGGUACAAGAUUUCUUUCUGUUGCCCGCCCAGGCCAUGAUAUCCGUUAAGUGCUCUGCUUUUCACUUUAAAUCACACUGUUUGUUGAUGGGAGAUGCUGCCCAUGCCAUAGUGCCCUUUUUUGGGCAAGGAAUGAAUGCGGGCUUUGAAGACUGCUUGGUAUUUGAUGAAUUAAUGGAUAAAUUCAAUAAUGACCUUAGUAUGUGUCUUCCAGAAUUUUCAAGAUUUAGAAUUCCAGAUGACCAUGCAAUUUCAGACCUAUCCAUGUACAAUUACAUAGAGAUGCGAGCACACGUCAACUCAAGGUGGUUCAUCUUCCAAAAGAACAUAGAGAGAUUUCUUCAUGCUAUUAUACCAUCUACCUUUAUUCCUCUUUAUACCAUGGUCACCUUUUCCAGAAUAAGAUACCAUGAAGCAGUGCUGCGUUGGCACUGGCAGAAAAAGGUGAUAAAUAGAGGACUUUUUCUCUUUGGAACGCUGAUAGCUGUCAGUUGUACCUACCUACUUAUGCGCUACAGGUCACCAAGACCCCUGGACUACUUGAGAAGACCAUCAGAGUGGGUCACUUACUUCCAGAAUACAACAUGUUUCCCUGUAAAUUCCUUGGAGUCACUAGAACAAAUUCCUAAUGUCAUUAGCAAGUGAUAAAAAGAUCCUGAAGUAGCAAAUAUUUGAUUUCUCUGAAAACAAAACAGGAACAAAAUCAUGUUUCCAUUAUCAUUUAAUUCACUAAUGGAAGAUAUUUGUCAGCUUAUAAUCAAAUCCAGUGUAGAAUUUCUCUGCAAGUUUAUUGUAAUUAUUGAAAAAAUAACCCAUCACUUUCAGUUGUAAAAUGCAGUUUUCCCACAGCACUAUUGUUAGGUCAGAUCAUUCUAAAUAUAAAAGCACAAUGACUAAGAUCUCUUUCACUUCUCAAAAAAUAAGGCCCUAAAGACCUCAAGAAGUCACAAUCAUACUUUUCUUUAAAGCACUUAAUAGAAAUCAUGAUAGGAUUGACUUAACACCUGGGACUAAAAGUCACAAUUUGCCUAAUGGAUUAGUACUAAUUGUACUUUUCAUCACUUGGAUGAAACUUACUCAAACACAGGGCUCAGAUUUUCUUGCUAAAACUAGAAGUAUAAAUAAGCAAAGGGGGCUUUCUCAAGAGUUCAAAAUGAAUCAGUUUUAUUUCCCAGUCUUCAAAUGCCAGUAUUACCUUCUGAGGAUUUUUUAAAUUUAUUUUUUAAUUAAAAAAAAUUUGUGGUAAAAGUCAUAAUAUAAAACAUACUAUUUUAAUCAUAUUUAAGGCUAUUAAAGCCGUACUAAGUGAAGGGUAGAAAGUCUUAUUUAUAAAUUAAAUGUCUAUAUAUAUAAAGGUAGAAAGGAAACAGUUUCACAGAAAGAUGAAGCCAUGUUUAUUCCAUUUCAGAAGCAACUUAUUAACAUUCUUAAACUAUAUGUUGCAAAACCAGGGGUAAACUUGAUGUUUAAAAGUUCGUUUAGAACACUAGAUUGUGAAUCAGAAAAGCAAACUCUGGUCCAAGAUUCAAUAUAAACUAAAUGUGUGACAUUGGACAUAUUUUUAACAUCUCUGGGCCUCUGUAUUAUUUCUAAAUCAUUGGAUAUACUUUGUUAAAUGCAUUAAUUAUCUUACAGGAAAUCAUUAUUCUUCCAAAUCAUGCGAUUUUACAUUUCUUUUAAGAAUGUCAGUAAUUUUCACAGAAAUACUAAAGUUUCAGAAUCAUUGAUAAGGCCUGGAAAAGUUUUUUUUUCCUCCUAAAAUCUCCACCGAAUACCUUCAAACUAUAUUACUCAAUUUUAAAGAAAUGUAUGAAAUCAGACAAGUUAAAUUUUUAUGUGGAGAACUUCUGUCUUUUCUAGAUUAUAUAGACAUGCUUAUUUGCACUGACAGUUGGAAUUUGUUUUUGUUGUUAUACAUGAUCUUAUGUUGUCAUAACUUAGAGUAUUAACUUAAAUAUGAUUUAGAAAUACAGGAAUAAAGAACAAUUUGGAGAAAACAAAAAAUAAAUCUGUUUCUUCAGAAACAAAGCAAAAAAGUUCAUUUAGUGAAUACUCUUUCUUUGGUUCUUCCUUCUUCAAUAGGCCAACUGAAUCAUUUAGCAGUCUUUCAAAUGUGAUUAAUUAUGAAGAUGCAACACCAGUAGAAUAGUCAUGUAAGAAAUAAAAAUUAGGAAAUAAAAUGAUUCACUUACUUUCCUAUAUUGUCAAAGAAAUCCUUGAGUCCUCACAAUCCAUGUUUAGUCUAAAUAACGACUCAUGAAAAAAUGGCCUCUUCAGUAGCUUUGACCACUAUUUAUGCAGUGGAUUUAUUGAAAAACAAUGAAGAUUAAAUAACACAUUUUGUGAAUACAGUUCUACACUUACUUUCAUUCUCUUUCAAAUGUAGCUUUGUUUGGUUUUUGCUGGAACUUUUUUCCUAAAUCUAGAAUUCCUGGAAAAUUAUGAGAAAUCACUAGGAGGAGAGACUAAUCCUACCAUGUUCAUAUUUGAAAUGAAAUAGAUGGAGAUAUCUAUCUUCCAUCAACACCGGCUUCACCAUGUAUAUCCAUUGCUAAUGUAUGAUUAGCUAUAAAUCUUGAUCACCUUGAAAUUCAUCAUUUGUGUGUGUGUGUGUUGCUUUUAACCAUCUGAGCCACCAGUGAAGCCCUUGUGUGUUGCUUUGCAAUGGUACCUUCUAGAGCUUGCUCAGCAACACUUUGUCUGAAGCUCCUCUUUAUCAUGUUACACACAGAGCAACAGUCUUUGGUUUCACAUGAAAUUAAGGAAUUGAUUUUCUUUUUCAUCCUAGAAUUGACUGUUUGAUAAAUUUGAUUGAACAAACAUUUGACAUGACACUAAAUAGGACCCAACACUACUAGAAAAUUCGAGAUUUUCUAGCUAUUUCACACAUGUGUAUGAAACAAAGUUAUUUUAACUGCUAAGGAUGUCUUUUUUAAAAUUUCUUGAGAAAUAUAUCAUGUGCUUUGGAAAAUUCAGUCAUUUAAAAAUAUGUAUUUGAAGUGAAAAUUUCUGACAUGUUAAAAGUUGAUGGUGCCUGAUACAAAGCUUGUGCCACAAGUGAUUUUCCAUUGUAUAAAGCAACCACUGAAUUAAAAGAAUCUGUCUUGCUCAAUUACUCCCUGAGGUCAAAGAGUCCAAGAGCAAUUCAGAUUUCCUUCUGAAUCACAGAAGUUCUGUUAAUAUUACACAGAAUGGGGAAUUCCAAAAUGGUCCUUUUAAUGAUAGUCUAAAUGGCGUCUGAUUUAAGUCCCAUUGUUCAUUACCGUUAUUCAUUCCUGUAAAGGAUAAACUUGGGUUACAUCAACCUUUGACCCAUUGGUUCUGUCACUGUUACCCACUGAUAAUGAUUCAUCAUUAGUUAUAAAAAUGAUGGAAGAAGAGUUAAAAGUCACUUUUUGCUUUGGCUUGUCCC